AUGGAUGGGCUUUCGUGGACGGUGGACCAUCGCCAUCCUCAGGCCUCAGGUAUCGAGGAUAAGCCCGCAUCCACCACUGCCAUUAUUUACCAUGCUGUGUCACCCAAUCCUACGUCUCAGUCUGUUUGCCAGGCUCCGAGUGACCCACGCGUGGUACCUGGGUUUAACGUUAACGGGGCAAGGCUCUCCGGCGAUCCCUAUAAUCCUUACGGUCUCUGCUUUCUGGGCGCAUCGGGUGAGACCUCCACAGCGCACAGGGGGCCUUGGAUCUUGGACUCUUGGGACCGAGACACCGAGUAA